CUUUUAUCCGUUCUACUAAGGGGGGUUGUUAGGUUUACUUUGGGUUGAUAGACUCUCUGGAUAAAGUGAAAAUUUCACAGAAAUCGGCUAGGGCUUGGCAGGAGUGUUUGGGUGAGGCUAAAAGGCUGGCUGAGCCUGGGCGUGCAUGGAUUGCUCAUCUUCCACAGACUCGCAGGUUUCUUCUGGACCUACACUCGAUUUCGAUGGGUCAAAGCGCAGCCGAUGAAGAAACCCCUACACACCCCAUCGCCACCCCGCUGAUGGCAACUCCACUUCAUGCGCCUCAUAUCCCAAAGAUCCAAGCGCCCACUGGCUUGCCCGAUGGUUCUAUCACAGCCUUUCUAGCGAGCUACAUUGGCACCACGUCAGCUGUUAAUCGGCCUCCCUACGCGUUUCCCGUGGCGGUAUCCGUGCAUGGUGGCACCCUCGACGGAGAAUCGCUGAAUCUCCGAAUCCAAACCUCAUUUCCCGUUCAAGGUUUAGGAGCAGGGUCCUCUUCCAUUGACCCUACCCUGUCCGACAUGAUGCCGCCCUUCUUCCAUCAUGCUGAGCAGCAACUUUCCGAGCCUUCCAGAGCUGGUCCCUUUCACAUCGUCAAUCCGGCACCGAUUGUUGCUGCGCUCAAAACUCCUGAUCAUUCACAGGAUAGGUGGUCGGAGACAAACUCAAAUGAGGAUGUUGACUGCUGGCUUCGAGGCCUGGCUCAGAAGCUAGGAUACUGCCUUGUCCCUCUCUGAGUCGACGUGGGCAGCGGUGGUUCUUCUAGAUUAGGAGAUAUACGGUACGUUUUGCUCCGUGGUGUGUGCGUGACUGCAUAUCACUAUUGAUCUUCCGACCCGUAUUUUCUUUCUAAUAUAAUUCAUGUUACCUGAUCCCAAGAUUCACCGCUUCUCUUCCCGGAGUAAAUGUAAUUU